CGAUGUGUUGGAAUGCGUGAGUGGCGCUUCCUCGAGCGAAAGACGGAGAGUUUGGACCGAAGUUUACUUUGAGAAACUCACCGCCUGAAGACGAGCCCACCGCCGUGGUCCAGCAUGUCUCAGCCGGUGUUUCCCACUGCGGCUGGGAUCUUCCUGCCGGAUCUGCCCCAUGACGAUGUGUCUGCUCCACAGCUGGUGAUGCUGGCGAAUGUGGUGGUGUCCGCGGAGGCGUCUGCAUCAGAAUACAGCACUGAGGGGAAGCAGAUGGUGGAGCUCCAGACCGUGGCCUGCAGCAGCUACUCCGACAGCGAAGAAGACGACGACGCCGUCGUGAGAUACAGCCUGGACAACUCUGAAGAUCUCUACACACAACAAACAUCCCAUAUACAGCCAGAACCAGUGCUGGAGGAGGUGGAAAUGGUGCGCGUUGGACAUCCACCAAGCCAGAUGAAAAAUACAGAAAAUGUUGCAUCGGCAGAACAAAAACGAACGACGCUCGCCAUCCUGGAAUCCAGCAAAAAGAAGAAAAAACCUUUCUUCUGCAAACCCUGCCAAUAUCAGGGUGAGAACGAGCAGGAGUUUAUAGUGCACAUACGCACGCACGGAGCCAAGAAGAUGCUGGUGGUGAACGGUGGAGAGUCUGAUGAGGAUCUGAGUGCUGAUGCAGGACCGCAGACCUCCAUACCCAACGCUGAGAGCGCAGAGAGCAACUCUAAAGGCGUGAUCCGCUGCGAGCGCUGCGGCUACAACACAAACCGCUUCGACCACUACAUGGCGCACCUCAAACACCACACUAAAGAGGGCGAGGACCAGCGGGUGUUCAAGUGCACCAUCUGCGCGUACACCACCAUCAGUCAGUACCACUGGAAGAAACACCUGAGGAAUCACUUUCCCAGCAAGCUCUUCACCUGCAGCCAGUGCUCAUACUUUUCUGACCGCAAAAACAACUACAUUCAGCACAUCCGCACUCACACUGGUGAGCGGCCGUUCCAGUGCAUUUACUGCGAGUACUCCAGUUCCCAAAAAACACAUCUGACCAGGCACAUGCGAACGCAUUCAGGUGAAAGGCCUUUCAAGUGUGAUAACUGCAGCUAUCUGGCAGCCAAUCAGCACGAGGUGACCCGCCACGCCCGCCAGGUGCACAACGGGCCCAAACCGCUCAGCUGCCCCUACUGCCAGUACAAAACUGCAGACCGCAGCAACUUCAAGAAGCAUGUGGAGCUGCACGUCAACCCACGCCAGUUCCUCUGCCCUGUCUGCAAGUACGCCGCAUCCAAGAAGUGCAACCUGCAGUAUCACAUCAAGUCCAGACACCCUGGGUGCACAGAUAUCUCCAUGGACGUCUCGAAGGUGAGACUGCGGGUCAAACGGAGCGACGGAGACGACGCUUCACCCAGUAAACUGACCGCAGAACAGGCCAAAAUAAUGGAGGAACUGGAGGAUGCUGGCCCGAUCAACCUGUCCAUUAAAAAACCCAAUAAGCUUAACGUAGUAGUGGAGACUGAGAAGAGCUCGAAGAAAAACAUGGACGUUACUGUCAGAGAAAAACCCGGGAAAGCAAACCAGCCGCAACCCAACGAGAAGAAGAGCCCGUCGAAAAACAACCCAAAGGAGAAAACCGCUAAGAAGGUGAAAGGAAAGCCUGCUGUGAAAGACACUGAAGAGACACAAAGCGAAGAUAGACGGGUUAAAAAUAAAAAGGAGACCAAGAAGGCGGAGAAAUCUGCAGAGAGAGCCGUGAAAAGUCGUCAUAAGAAGGAGAAGCCUGUGAAGGACUCCAGCGUUCAGCAGCAGAGCGAUGCUGGAGAGCAAACGCAACACACACCACAACAGAACGAGGAGAAAAACAGGCCUGAGAAGCAAGACAGAUUAUUGACUGAGAUCGAUAAUGCAAAGGAUUGUGGGAAAGCACAAACUAAGAAACCAUGCAAGAAGCAAACCAAGACUUUAAAGGUCUGCGGUGAAACCCAGAACAUGGAAGAGGAGGAGAUAAUAAAGCAGAAAGCAGGCAAAAGAAAAGCAGAGAAUCCAGCAGAACCAAAGCAGCGGAUCAAGCGGACCAAGAAGAAGGAUUCGGGAAAACCAACAACAAGCGAAGGAAAUCAAACCAACCCUGAAGUCAUGGAGAGCGAAAGUUCUGAAGCAAAUAAUACAAGCAAACCUGACGACGCUAUUGUUGAAUCUCAAAAUCCUCCAGUAGCAGAAUCACAGCCUGAUGCUGAACCACCGAGCGUUCCUGACUGUCCUGAGAAAGCUCCAGCCGUAGAGGAGGUCCAGCACCCUCUGGAGGUGGAGAUCAGCAGUGCAACUCCAGAUCCUCAAGAAGUGGACAGUGGAAAUGAAAUGCCAUCUCCGACUGACAGCGACGGCGCUCCGGGAUUCAGCCAGACUCUACAGCUCCAGCACAAACCUGCAGACGCUGAAGAUGACGAGGGCAUCCACAGUAAUGAUGGAGGAAGCGACAUCAGCGACAGCGCAUCUGAAGGAAGCUACGACUCCGGACUGAUGGCAGGCGCUGAGAAACUGCCAGAGACUCCGACCGAAGAGAGCGACGCUUCUGCAGCCCGACUGCUCAGCCACACAUGCAUCUUCUGCGACCGCAGCUUCGCUCUGGAGAUGGACUACCGGAAACACCUGAACCGACAUUUAGUCAACGUGUACUACCUAGAAGGGGCGGCGCAGGGAGACAAAUGAGACGCAACCGGACUGGGUCAUGAUGUAAAACAAACAUGGGGCUGUUAUUGGAGCCGUGGCUGAAAUCAGUUCUGCGUAGAUGAGAUUUUUAAAAAUGCAUCGCUGUUCUCUCUUGAAUCAAAUCUGAGUUUAGUUUUUAAAUGCAGUAGCUGG